GUAUAGUCAUCCCCAUCUUCCCCAUUUGUUGAGCGAUUCGCCUCCUCCGCUCUACGAACCGCCGCAGACGACCGCACCGGCCUCCUCCUUCUACGUCGCCGACGAGAUCGACUGUAGAUAAUUAGAGCGAUAUAGUCAUGAUAGGAGGUGCUCGCAUCCGCCUCAAUAGGUGGCAGCAAGCAGCAGUGGCUGUAGGUUCGGCCGUGGGUGCAUUGCUUGACCCUCGAAGAGCAGAUCUUAUUGCGGCUCUUGGUGAGACGACUGGGAAGCCUGCUUUUGAGAGAGUCCUUGAGAGGAUGAAGAGGAGUUCAGAAGGCAGAGCAAUUCUAUUGGAACGACCACGAGUAAUAUCGAAUGAGGUCAGUCAUGCAUGGGACCUACCAGAGAACACAUUUGGUGCUGCAUAUGCCAGGUUUAUGGGAUCCAGGAACUUUUCUCCGGAUGACCGGCCACCUGUGAGGUUCAUGGAGACUGAUGAAUUGGCAUAUGUGGCCAUGCGGGCUCGAGAGGUGCACGACUUUUGGCACACUUUGUUUGGUCUCCCAACUAAUUUAAUAGGCGAGUCAGCUCUUAAGGUGAUAGAGUUCGAGCAGAUGUACCUGCCUAUGUGCCUCCUAUCUGUUUUAGGAGGCACGGCAAGAUUCAAUGAGAAGCAAAGGGCUUUAUUCUUCCAGCAUUACUUCCCAUGGGCAGUUCAGGCGGGUAUGAGGUGCACGGACCUCAUGUGUCUAUAUUAUGAACGGCACUUCCGCGAGGAUUUGGAAGACGUUCGAAGGAGAUGGGGAAUAGUUCCUGCACCCGCUGCACCUAAAUAAAGUGCUGUCUGAACUUUCUGCAAUUCUCACCGCAUCGACAUCUACAGACGUGUCGGCACAGACUGGAGAUUCUGUUCCCCUCCACUCUCUGAAUCACCUUGUGCUUUUGUUGUUUUGACAGAAAACUAAACCUGAGGUCUAUCGUUAUUAGGAACUGCGGUCCGUUUCCCUCUUCUGCAUUGCAAUCUGGGUGCGCCUUUCACUUUGUACAGGACUAUGACCCAAAGGCUGCACUUUCUUGUCUGUGUAUCUUCUCCUUCUACUCUUGUACCGUUAUCGAAUCCAAAAUGAGAAUAGUAAGGAAUUUUUUCGAA